CAGAUUUUAUAAUGAUGAAUGGUUCCAACGUGGCCAACACAACCACGACUUCAGCCACGCCUGCAAAAUCGAAGGAGGACCAGGUAGUGAAUGGGCAUGAUGAGAAGGAGAACAAUCCCUUUGCAGAAUACAUGUGGAUGGAGAAUGAGGAGGAUUUCAACCGGCAGGUGGAAGAAGAGCUUCAGGAGCAGGAGUUCCUCGACCGCUGCUUCCAGGAGAUGCUGGAUGAAGAGGACCAGGACUGGUUCAUCCCGUCCCGCGACCUGCCCCAGGGCAUUGGGCAGCUUCAGCAGCAGCUAAACGGGCUUUCGGUCAAUGACAGCCAUGUAUCGGAAGACAUUUUGAGCAAAAGCACCUUAAACCCCGACGCCAAGGAGUUCAUCCCCGGAGUGAAGUACUGAACCUGCCAGCAAACUUCACAGAGACAUUUUUUCCCCUUGAUGGGUGGGGUGGGGUGGGGGGCAGCAGGCCCUGCAAGCAGUGGUGGGAGAGAGACUCCUCACGGGUGACUCUGCGGGACUCUUCAGCUACUUAAUCCCUCUUUUCUUGCUGCAUCGUGGACAUUUUGAAACGAACUGACAAAAAGCU